GGGAAAAAUUAAGUUUUAAGGUCUAAUUUUCUAGUGGAAAUUCGCGUACAAGUUUACAAACUUGUACGAACAAACAUUGAGUGAACAAUACCAAGUAAUUGAUACGUCAGAGAUUCUAAACGACCUCCAAAAACUCUGUUUAACCAGUCACGCAACUCGACGCCUUCCCCAAUUUUUCACCAAUGGAAUCGUCCGUCGCAUCCGGCUGGAUCAUAACUUUUUUCUAACUCGUGUAUGACGGUUCGACACAUCAUAAUCCAGUUGCCGCUUAACUGUAUGACGAAGCGACCAUUAACUUAAAAGGUAAAGAACUUUUUAAAACAGUUUUAUUUUGUGCGUGCAACGAGUCAUGCCUCCGCAGAAUACCGUAUUAUUAACCGGAGGAGCUGGUUUUAUUGGCAGCCAUACUCUUGUCGAAUUGUUGAAUGUCGGUUAUGAUGUCAUCGUAAUUGAUAACUUUGUCAAUGCUGUGCACGGUAGAGAUGGACGUGCGACUAGUAUUAAGAGAGCCGAAGAAAUUACUGGAAAAAUGGUUACUUUCUAUAAAUGUGACCUGCUGGAUAAACCUUCUCUAUCGGAAAUUUUUGAUAAGCACCAAAUCGAUUACGUAAUUCACUUUGCUGCAAUGAAAGCUGUGGGUGAAUCUAUGCAGAAACCUUUAUUCUACUAUAAGUGCAAUGUCGUUAGCACUAUCAAUUUACUAGAGGUUAUGAAAGAACACGGCGUCUACAGCAUGGUCUUUAGCAGUUCCUGCGUCGUUUAUGGUAAUCCACAAUAUUUACCCAUAGACGAGUCUCAUCCGACAGGAAACGUUACAAACGUUUAUGGCAGAACAAAAUAUGCUAUCGAACAGAUGUUGGAAGACAUUUGCAGAGCCGAGAAGCAAUGGAGUAUAAUAUCUCUAAGAUACUUUAAUCCCGUGGGAAGUCAUCCUUCGGGCAUGAUCGGAGAAGAUCCUACUCGAGCAUUCACCAAUUUAAUGCCUUAUAUCGGGGAGGUUGCAACGGGAAAAAAACCAGAAUUGGUUAUCUUCGGUGGCGAUUAUAACACAGUAGACGGCACGAGUGUUCGCGAUUUCAUUCAUGUAAUGGAUCUUGCAACUGGGCACGUUGCAGCUUUGAAGAAGCUUGGAGAAAAUCCACGUUAUAAAGUGUAUAAUCUUGGUACGGGUACUGGUUAUACCGUGUUACAAUUAAUCCAAGCAUUUGAAAGAGUGAGUGGUAAAAAAAUCAACUAUAGAAUAGCUGAACGAAGAUUAGGUGACAUCCCUGCAAUUUGGGGAGAUUGCAGAUUGGCCGAAGAAGAAUUAGGUUGGAAAGCGGCACAUGAUCUUGAUAAAAUGUGUGAAGAUUUUUGGCGUUGGCAAACUUUAAACCCAAAUGGUUAUAGAACAGAAGAGGAGAUAAAUGGUGCAAUGUAGGUAUUAAACAGAAAUGUGACAUCUUGAAAUUAUGGAAACGGGUGAUAGUCCUUUUUAUUACAGAAUGAGAUUUUAAAUAUUUGUAUUUCUUGAUUAUUUUAUUCAAUGAUUGUAAAUAAUGGCAUGAUUUGGUUACUUAACUGUAUUUAUAUUCCAAUAUAUUUUUAAUAUAAAAAAUUCCAACAAUUUAAAUGUCAUUGAAAAAUAAAUAAAUAAAUAUUUUAAUUAUAUUACAUACCAGAUUGCUUUUAAUAUUUGGAUUUGAGUAUCCUCU